AUGCAUGGACUUGUGCGUGGAGAAAACAUGGAGCUUGGAAGAGACUCUGAUACUGGCAGCCAGGUGAAAUAUGUUGUUGAGCUUGCUCGCGCUUUGGCCAACACGGAAGGUGUCCACAGGGUCGAUCUCUUAACACGGCAGAUCAGUUCACCAGAGGUUGACUCAAGCUAUGGAGAGCCUGUUGAGAUGUUAUCAUGCCCACCAGAAGGUAGCGGAAGCUGUGGUUCCUACAUUAUCCGAAUCCCUUGUGGUUCCUGGGACAAGUACUGUCACAUAACACUCAUCCGAACUUAUAAAAAAGAAGAGUACAUACCAAAGGAGUCACUCUGGCCUCAUAUUCAUGAGUUUGUUGAUGGGGCAUUAAAUCACAUAGUGGACAUAGCAAGGAGAAUAGCUGCACAUUUGGCAGGGACGUUGAAUGUGCCGAUGGUGUUAACUGGUCACUCUUUGGGAAGAAACAAGUUUGAGCAGUUGCUUAAACAAGGGAGAAAUACCAGAGAGGAUAUCAACAAAACAUACAAGAUCAUGAGGAGAAUAGAAGCUGAAGAGCUGAGCUUAGAUGCAGCAGAGAUGGUGGUGACGAGCACACGGCAAGAGAUUGAGGCGCAGUGGGGACUGUAUGAUGGGUUUGAUAUCAAGCUUGAGAGGAAGCUCAGCGUUAGAAGACGGCGUGGAGUCAGCUGCUUUGGCCGAUACAUGCCACGAAUGGUGAAACUUGGUGAUUAUUUACUGAGAUCUCUUAUUAUUGCAACAUUUUACAUAGUUUAUAAUUCUUAUCCCACAAUCAUUUUAAAAUGCUUAUCUAUGGAUUAG